GGGGGAAGUGCUCAGUAAAGCCAGAAGGGCUUCAAAAACAACAGGGGUUUACUGUCUGUUUAAUGUUGGUCACAGGACAGAGUGAGAGGGCAGAGAUAUAGUCCUUGCAGCCAGGGAGGGACAAUGCCCUCGCUCUCUUCGCUGUGGCUGUUCGCGGGCCUGUCAGGUGUGCUGUGGGCCUCACAUGUCACCCUGCUGGUGGAAGGGGACAAUGACGCCUCUAAGAUCUGCAAACCUGCCCCCCACUGGCAGAUUAAGGGACAGUCACCCAUGCAAGAGCAACUGGGAAAUGUGGUAGUGGUUGCACUACUGAAGGCCAGCUGACAGUUCUGUCUCACGCAGGCCUUCAAUAUUAGAGGCCUGCGUGACAAGCUGAACCGCAGCAACAUGACAGAGGUGUCCUUCAUGAUAGUAAAUGAGCGGGAGGCUCACUCCAGGGCAAUGUACUGGGAGCUGAAAAGAAGAGCGCCCCCUGAUGUUCCUGUAUACCAGCAGGCACCCAGUCAAAGUGACGUGUGGGAGGCUCUGGAUGGUGACAAAGAUGACUUUCUGGUCUAUGAUAGGUGUGGUCUCCUCACCUUUCACAUAGUGCUACCCUACAGUUUCCUGCAUUACCCCUAUGUCGAAGCUGCAAUCAGAGCCACUUAUCAGAAAAAUAUCUGCAACUGCACAACUAAUUCUACUUUACCAAGUGGCAAGAACAGUGGCAAGAAUAAUGAGACAGCACAGUCGAACAACAACCAAACAACUACAUCACCCACUGAUGGUCCAGAGGAGGGAGACAAAACACCUGGAUCUCAUCAACACGUCCAUCAUUAUCAUCAUCAACGUCACCAUCAUCAGCACCACCACCACCAUAACAAUCACACCAGUCAGCACAAUCAGUCCCAGGCUCAGCAGGAUACCACCCAGAAUACAACUCAUAAUCAUGAUCAUCAUCAGCAUCACCACUACGAGCCCCAUCGUCACCAUGGUCAUUAGGAAGUUAAAUUACUGAGGUUUUUAUUUGUUUCUUUAGUUAGUUAGAAUCUGAUCACUUGGUGUUUUAUUUUUUACCAAGGAUAUAUUGGAAUAUGCAGGUAAACAGGUUCACUGAGUGGCUGAAUUUGUUUGGAACAGUAAUCAGAUUGUGGUCUCUCUUCUAAAACUUCCACGCCUCACUCCUCUGUGUGGACAAAGUAAGCAGUUCUGCUCUAUCUUCUCCGAUUAAUGAAGUCUAUGGUGUAAAACCUGCCCACAGGAGGCUGUAGAUGGAUGUGUGUGGAGAGGAGGGGGUGGACCAGCAGCUACUGUCCUUCACACAGGGCCAGAGGAUGGUGUGAGCUGCAGCUGAGCAGACCCCAGUCAGAUUACUGUCUAAACUGGAUUCAGUUCUCCUCCCAGUUCAGUUUGUUCUUCCAUAAUGUGCUGUGUCUUUGUAACAGGACUUAAGAACCACGUUUUACUGACACUGAUAUGUGGCAGGAAUUUGGAAAGUGAUGUAUGAUUAAUAUAGUAAUUUAGUCUAAUCAUUCAGUUUUACGUGUCACACAAGGAAUGUUCCUUUUCUACUGGAUUCACUUGUUUUGUACUGUAGGUAACUUUAGUGUGAUAAGCUGUAUUAUGGGAUUAACCUACUCUGUUUUCAGUUUUACUUCCAACUAUUCAUAUGAAUUACGUGAACUUAGAAUCAACUUUUAGUUUGUUAUUUUGGAUUUAAAAGGACACAUUUAAUCAUUACAUUUCAUCUUUAACAGAUUUAAAACUGAUAUGUCUGUAAACUGUGUAGUUCAUAUGGAUUAAUUUGGGAAGUUAUGUAUCCACUUUCCUCUUUCAUUUUUAAUAAAGAAAUCCUUUUUGACAUC